UACAGACUUUUUGCAUCAAGUGUCAGGGCCCUCUCGCUCCUCCUCCAACUCAGUCCGAGUCACCCUCAGCAGGAGUCGUAACGAAGCAAACGCUGCUGCCCACAUGCCUUUCGAGGCUCACCGGUGCACUUAUUCCGCCAUUCAUGAUUUGCGGUAUGGCGCUGAAAACGCCGCUGCGGAGGUCCUUGAGCGAGCACGUCCAAGUUUCCACCUACAAGGCUUGGGACGUCUUCUGGAGGAACGUGAGGGAGAGGCGGCUGUGGGAGAUCGAAGCCAAGGAGGCCUGCGAUUGGCUGCGAGCGGCCGGCUUCCCUCAAUACGUGCAAUUGUUCAAAGACUGCAGGUUUCCCAUCGACGUGGAGCUCGCCAAGAGGGAUCACCGCUUCCUGGAUAAAGACGCUCUGGAUUCCCUCUGCAGGCGUCUGUUCACGUUGAACAAAUGUGCCGAGAUGAGGCUGGACCUGCCAAAGGACAAAUAUCAAAGCGACGAAGACUCUUAUCGAGGACCAUCUUUGCGCCAUCAGCCCCAUACACCUCCAGUUCCCCUCAGGACGACGUCAGCUCCAUUCACAGUUCCGGCAGCACCGAGAGCGAAGGGCGAAACGGGACGAGUCCGAGAGAAGGCGCCGCCGACAGAAGCGCCGCCGAGGACCCCAGCCGCCAGCCGGAGCUCCUCGCGCUGCUCCUCCUCAAACAAGACUCCGUCCUCCAUCAGCGGACCCCCGUCACCUGGAAGCGGCGGAGGAUCGUCCACCGUCAGUCUGGAAGCAUGCGUGAUGGAUAAACCGCCCCGCAAAAAGGGGACCAGCCUUCUGAGGAAGAUGGACAAACUGAGGUUGAGAGGAACAACCGGCCUCCUCUCUCCACCGAGGAACCAUCUGACCGGGAUGGUCCCAGGGUCUGUGGGAGGAAGCCGUGCGUCAUCUUUGCUCUCGUCGCCGCACGCCACAAGCAGCGGCGGCAGCAGCAACAGCCACUCUGAGAGCAGCAGCGCCGUUAGCACGCCCAGCCCUGUCACGCGUGUCCGCAGUAACUGCAAACGCGGCGAAAUGGGCGAGGGCGUUGACCGCCCACGACAACAACCAUACACUCAGGACUACAAGGGCCAGAUCAACAACAACAACAUCAGCAGCAGCCACAACAGCCUGCUCUUCCACCAUCCCCCACGGCACAAAAACCGGGCACCUUUUCCAACCUCCCUCGCCCACAAGCACGCCCUCCUGGAUCAAUCCUCUGUCAACUGGAGGACGGGCAGCUUUCGCGGUUACCGGCAACGACGCGGUUGCCGCCGGGGCGCCGCGUGGCUCGACGCCUCGCCCGACCACAGGCUGAGCAUCUACGACAACGUGCCGGACGAGCGGCGGCUGUCUGAAAGCCAAAGUGGGGGGAACAACGUUAGCGACGUGGAGAGGAUGAUGGGAGACGAGGUAUCUCCACUGUUGGGAGGCGAGGACGUUUUCUCGGCCCUGGACACGGUUUUGGAAAGGAUCAACGACCUGCAGCAACUGGUCUCCACCUGGACCGAGAGUCUGUCCGAAGACGACCGUCGGCGACAUUCCGCCUCUUCUUCGACUUCCUCCUGCUGCGACGACUCGCCCGCCGACGGCUCCUCCUGCCCUUCUUCGUCCCCGACCCCGGAGGUCCAGCGAUCGGAGGACGACGAGGGGGAGAGCUGCGAAGACGAUUCCGAGACUAGAUCGCCUCGAGUCAAGAGCGGUCGGCAGCUGCGCCGGUCCAGUGAGCAGAGCCUUCCCUCUUUGCCAGCCGGUCCGGGCGUGGAAAAGCAGUCCGUCUCCCAGUUGGCCCUCCUUCAGAAGCUGGCCCUGCUCAAACUCACCGCCCUGAUGGACAAGCACUCGCCGUCCAGCAAGCAAGGUUGGAGCUGGAGCGUUCCCAAGGCGACGGUGAGGAAGGCGCCGCCCGCCAAGGCCAGGCCGGUUUUCGGUGUCCCCCUGCUGGUCAACGUGCAGCGAACAGGAGCACCCCUCCCUCCCGGCAUCCUCAAGGCGCUUGUUUACCUCAGGACGCAAUGUCUGGACCAGGUGGGUCUUUUUCGGAAGUCGGGCUCGAAGUCUCGGACCCAGCGCUUGCGCGAGACGCUGGAGUCGGACCCCGACGGCGUCUCCUACGACGGCCAGUCGGCGUUCGACGUGGCCGACCUGGUCAAGCAGUACUUCCGGGACCUGCCCGAGCCCGUCUUCACCUUCAAGCUCUGCGAGUCCUUCCUGCACAUUUACCAAUAUUUCCCCAAAGAUCAACAGCUGCCGGCGGCCCAGGCGGCCAUCUUGCUGCUGCCGGACGAGAACCGCGAGGCGCUGCGGACGUUGCUCUUCUUCCUCCGCGACGUGGUGGCCUGCGUGGACAACAACCACAUGACGCCCACCAAUGUGGCCGUCUGCCUCGCGCCGUCGCUUUUCCACCUCAACGCCCUCAAGAGGGACGCCGGCGCCAAAAGAUCCAGUCACAGGAAGUACAGUCUGGGUCGUCCGGACCAACGCGACUUAAGCGAGAACCUGGCCGCCACGCAGGGCCUGGCCAACAUGAUCGGCGAAGCGGAGAGACUUUUCCAGAUUCCGGAGUUUUGGCCGAGCUCCUCCGCCGCCGCCGUGACCGACCAGCCGAUUGGGGAGGAGGAGCUGGAGCAGAACCUGAGGAAGCUCCAGCAGAAUACGCCGUUCCUCAUCAAGGAAGCCAGGGACAAAGGUCGAAGCUGGGAGAGUUGUCCCGCUCCCGAAAACGUGGAGCUGGCCGUCAAGAAGACGUGGUGGGGCUGCCCGCUGUGGACGUGGCGCGUCUCGGUGGAGGUAGACGCCGGCCGGGAGGUUUUGCUCCGCCGGCUCCUCGAGCGACCGUGGGACGACGACGCGCGGCGGGGCUCCGUCAUCCAGGCGCUGGGCGAGCGCGCCCACGUCUACCGAUACCUCCGGCGGGGCCCCGACGCCGGCCUGGCCUCCUGCCUGCCGCGGGAGCACCUGCUGCUCAGGACGUGGCAGCCGGAGGCGACUCGCGACCCGCUCUACGUGUCGUCCGUGUCCACGCAGCACCCGCACGUGCCGCCACCGGAGGGCGUCCGAGUGCACACGCACGCUUGCCUUUACCUGCUGGAAGCCUCCGCCGGCAAGAGCCGCCUCACGCACCUGUGCCGCACCGAUACCAGAGGGCGCUCUCCGGCGUGGCACCGCCAAGUGAGCGGACAUCGCAUGGUCGCCUCUCUGCUGGCCAUCAAAGCGUCCAUCGAAGGAAGGCACAACGAGACCGCCGUUUGAGGACGCCCGCUGGGAAGGAUUGUUCAUUUUAUUUAGAUUUUUGAAUGCUUCAAAAAGGUAACACUUCUCACACCCUGCCAAACGGCAA